AUGCUGGUAAAAGAUGAUACAAUAGUUGAAGUGUGGAAAGAUCCAUAUCCAGAAGAAAUGGCUCGUAUUACUACACUCGGUUAUCGUAUGCUCCUAUCAGCAUGCUGGUAUUUAAAUCUUAUAUCAUACGGCUCUGAUUGGGUAAGUUUGGUUUUCUUAAAAGAGAUCAAAUAUCAUGGAUUCUUCCAAUAUUUUAUGUUCCCUAUUAUAAAUGUGAUCCAUACAAUUUCAACGGUAGCAGCUUGGGAGCAGCUAGAGGCUUUCAUUGACAGGUCAUAGUUUCGUUAGCUUUUGAGGAUUCUAGAAAAGUUUGACUCGUAAUCUAGAGCGAGGUCAGUACGGAUCUAACACUUAAAGAGAAAAUUUUUCGUUAUAAACUGUUAUUAAAAAAUGGCUGCAAUGUAACGAUUCUAUAUUCUUGUAAUUCUUAGGUACAGAUGUACAAUUUAAAUUGGUAAGCGGCGGAGAAGAAUGUAAGCUCAUCGUGUACUUUCUGAUAAAUUAUUUAAUUAACUAUUGGUUUACUUGUACAGUGAUAUUCAGCACGACAGUCAGGAGGCAAACAAGAUAAAACGAGAAUCACCACAGAGUCAUAUGAAUGUGUUACUUUCGCAUAAUGGAGAUACGCUGGUCACCGGAUCCAGCUCACUUGAGUUGAGCUGGUCGCCAGAUACAGCUCAAAUGAGCGAGAGUUGGUUGAUCAGUUCCAAUUUAGCUGAACUGGAACUGUCGCAUACCUAAAUGAGAUAUGUUGAAAAUAGAGCACUGUUUUUGCAACGGAAGAUUGGUGAAGAUAAUAAAUUUUGUCACAAACUUACUUUAGAUCUACGUUAUUUCAAAAGAUUUUAUGCAUGCAGGUGUUGAAGUUAGUGAAGCAACUCCCAUUGAUGCGAUAUAAAUAUCUUUUUAUUUGGUUCUCUGCUGAUUAGUGUCCGUAACUGCGCACUUAAGUGGCGUGUAAGAACUUCAGUUUAGUAGACUAUCUGAUUGAAAGCGGAUCUGAGCUAACCGCAACACCUCUUGCUUGACAGCAGCACACAAAAUCUGCUGAAGUCCUUGCCGCCUCGGCGUUGUGUAGUGACCUACUGUAAUCCAGCGAAAAUCAAAACAGACUAAGCAGCAAAGCAAUAUUUUAUGCCUGGAAACAAGCGACUCAAAAGUGGCAUUGUUUAAAACAUUGACAUUCUUUGAAUUUUUUACGUUUCUUAUAAAACUAAGUAUAUUUAAUAUAAUUGAAAAACAUAUUUGUAAAAUCAUUUUACACAAAAAGCGAGCUUUCGAUACUUCACAGUAUCAUCAUCGUCAGGUUAAUAUGACUGUGAAUUUAGAAGAGAGAUGAUUAGAGUAACUUGGGGU